CCCCUGUUAUAACCUAUUUUUCAGCAUUUUCGUCACAAAUUCACAUCCAAAUAUCUCUGUUAUUAAAAAUGAAAUAUUGAAUGGCGCUCUCAUACGUAAUCGCUUAUCUCUAAACAAGAAAAACCAUGAAAACGGCAAAACCCUCCAAUAAAGUGAGUAGAAUCGCCCUGGCGAACAAUCUGGGGGUUUAUCAGAGGCUACUGUGGCAAACAUUCUCCAAGCCUUGCAUUGAAACAGGUAUCACUGGCGAGGUCCUGUUGGGAGUAGCAGUAGGUGCUAUUACAAGGAAUGCUUUCAGAGAUCGCAACAUUGGCAUCAAAUUCUUCGAGCGCUUCGGAGGUUUCACACAACUUCUGAAGCUUUGAAUCCUGAUUUGAUGUGACAUUUACUCAUAUCUCGUAGUUUUCUAACACACGCUUGGUGGUCAAGAGGGUGAGAAAAAUAUAGAUCCGGGAUCUUUUCUCCUCGAUUUCUUUUUUUAUUGCCAGUGUUAGAUAGACAUGGCUUAUUCACACUAUUUCUGUUCUUAACUGUUCACAAACGCUUUGUGUAUACAAGUAGUUUAUCGAGAGUGGAAGGAUUUGUGUUGACAUACUAGAUCUGGAACUGUGAAGUAACAACCAAAUCAUCAAGAUGGAUGACUACGACUUUUCUCACUAUGACGUUGAAGACCUAAAAAACAUGAACUCAUCAUAUUAUUACAUGUUAUUACAUGAUAUGAAUAUGUCCGACAUCUAUCACCAUUUGAAUGGAACUUAUGGAACAUUUGAUUAUGAAAACGACUGUUCUAACCAGGCACAUCCUCACACCCUUUUCACACAAGAUUUACCCGGCUACCAGAAAUUCUUUAACAUUUUCCUCCCAACCGCCUGUGCUAUAGGAAUAGUUGGCAUUGUGCUAACAGUUGUUGUUCUUGGAAGGAAGAAUAUGACCACAUCCACGAAUUCCUACCUAACAGCUUUGGCUAUAGCUGACCUAGGGUUCCUCGUUUUUCUCGUCUCGAAGUUCUUCGGCUCGGAGGAAAUGUCGGUGGAGGUUUAUUACAAGUACUACUUUUAUACAGGUACGAUCGCACCAGUAUUUGUGGAAACUUUUCUAAUGGCGUCCGUCUGGUUGACUGUUGUGCUGGCUGUAGAACGGUACAUUGCAAUAUGUCACCCCCUUAAGGCAAUCGCAAUCUGUACAGUUAACCGAGCGAGGCUGAUAAUAGCUGGUAUAUUUAUUUUUUCCUUCAUUAUCCGAAUACCCCGAUUUUUCGAAUUCAAAUUAAUGACCAUGUCACAUUGCGGCAAAGAAUUAGUGCACAUUAUGCCGACAGAAAUGGUCAUGAGCAAAUACUACACAAAAACAUAUCCUAUCAUCGUUGACUGUAUAGUAGGCUGUGUAUUACCAUUGGUUGCUCUAGUUCUAUUUAACAUCAAACUCAUACUGGAAAUUGCAAAGUCCAGUAACUACCCCCGGUUCCAUGACGUCAACAUGCAAAACAUGAUUGCGCGGGAACAACUGAAAAUCACUUUGAUGCUCGUCGGCAUCAUUGUAGUUUUCUUUGUGUGUCAAGCUCCCAUACUGGUUAGUUACACCGUGCGGCAUAUCUUGUCCUACACAGUGGCAAACCGUCAGCAACUCGAAAUUUUCAACUUGGUCACACUCAUUGCACUGAGUUUACUCACAUUCAAAUCGUCCGUCAAUUUCAUCGUCUACUGUUGGUUCAGUGAGAAAUUCUGGAACACUUUUAAACGAGUGUUUUGUGGAAAGACCUGUCUGGACAGGCAAAAGUGUCCCAGAAAGCACCACACGCACACCGUGCAUUCAGCGGACCAGAACGGGAGCACGAGCGUUCGAAAAGCUUCAUACAUGACAAAAGACACUAUCUGUUGAUAUAGUGCUAUCAAUGUGGACCAAAUGCUUUUCCAUAUCAUAUGUAUAUUCUCGGUGUUUUGAAUUCCAAAAUAAAUAUUUAGUAAACAUAUGAAAAGUUGAAAUGAAGAAAACCACGUAACGUGCGGGAUGGAUGUUUGAAAAAAAAAACAACAACAACAAUAGAGCCGUGUACGUGUAUGUUGUUGCCUAGAAGAGUAAUUUGUGACAAUGGUUUUCGUUUUAUGGAGAACUGUGUAAUUGACUAUGAAACCAGGCUUAACGCCUUUGUCGACUCAUAAAACAGACUUUAAACUACAUGUACGAAAAGCAUGUCGGAAGGUUGUUUUUAGCUGUGAAAACAAGUCGUGGUUGUCUGUUAUUAUAUCUACAUGUACAUAUAGUUCCAGAUAUUCAAACAUUGCAUUGUCUCUUUGUUGUUUUCCCAUGCCAGUGUUUGUACAUUGCUCAUUUCUACAAAUUGUACAUGUUUACCAAAGCAUCUUUAAGUUGUUUAGUUCUUCAUGAGGGCGUCACAUCUGGGUUUUUUAGCUGCACUAAUCUGAGAAAAUUUAAUUUCUGUGAAACGGAGAUAAUUUUAAAAAAAACAACCUUAAUUAUAUCUUAACAGGUUUUUUUGUACAAUUACAAAAUGAAAUGAUAUCAAAUCCAAAAUUGUGAUACUAAUAUUGAGAAUUUAAGAAAAUAAACCAAACACAGCGGAACAACUGCAUUAUAAUACGAAGAUUGAUUUCCUCUAUACAUGUAUAUAUUUUACAGUUCUAAGCAUUCGGUAUUCUGAAAACGGGCAUUUUAUUACCAGUAACAAAGAAUCGAGAGAAUGUCCAUUUGGAAGAUGUAUCUUAUUGAACCUUAGGAAAACCAUUCUUUGAAUGUUACUGUUUUUGUGUACCUCCCUUUAUGCCUUAUAAUUUUUGGAUAUACAACUUUGAUACUGAUGUUUCACACAAGGUCUUGUGACUUACGAACAAAUCAAAUUUAGAAUCAUUUUAACAAGAGCUUGGACUUUGGGUAGUUGUGUCAAACUGAAUGUGACGUAGGCAUGUCUAUUUCAUUGCUAGCCACUCGGCCAUGGUUCUUCGAAAUCAACAAAAUCUGUCUGGCUUUUGAGCUAAGACUACGCAAUUGGUGCAUAUUUCGCUUGAAACCGUGUCAUUUUUAACUUGUUUUGACGCAAGAAAUAGAUAGCUAAGUCCUACUGAAAGUCCAAGGUCUUGUUAAAAUGGUUCUAAUGUUUCAAUUACGCUGAAUAUAUAUUGAAUAAGGUGAGUUCUUAUUUAUAUCCUGCGUUCAUGAUCAACAAAAAUUAAAAGUCAGAAAUUUUGUUGCCGAGACCAAACCCUUGUUAUUAGAAAAAUACAUGUAUUAUCGAUUAUAUUAUAUUAUAUUCCAAAGAGAGACAAGACAUCUGCCUUCUUUAUUUCAAUUUGAUUAACUGACGUUCAUCAUACACUGAUGAGAAUUGUUGCUCAUAAAUAUAUUGGAUGAUUAUCUCUAUCAGCUUUGUUGUUAUUUUGUUGAUAAUAUAAUUAUGGAGACCAAUAUUUACUUAUUUUGACGUGAAACUAUUGAUGAGAGAAAUCUUUAUAAGAUUGAAGAAUUCAUCAUUUUAUUGACAAUAAAGUUUGUGUGCAUCAAUC